AUGGCGGUCGAGGCUGAAGCCGUCCUCGAGCCCGUCGCUCCCGAGCCCGCUGGCUCGUCGGCUCUUGCGGCCGUUGCGGCUAUCGGCACCGUCCUCGAGCCCGCCUCUCCCGAGCCCGCUGUCCCCGCGUCGCCCGCCGCUUCCGGCGCAGGCUCGUCGGCUCUUGGGGCAGUCGCGCCUGUAGACAUCAACCCCGGUACAAAAGGCGCCAACGCGACUGGCACUUGCGUCCGGGACGCUCUCAUCGCGACAUUCCACCAGCUCAAGGGCCGGCACGACCGAACGAUCACGCCCAAACUCAUCGACGACUUUCUCGUCAAGCAUGAGAAGCUCGAGCCCGGCAAGGGCAGCCUCUUGAAGGACCGCGUGCGCGACGACAAACAAAACGAUAUCAUCACAACAUGCGAGACGCCCGGCGCGUACCAUUUCGUGACGUUCGAAGACCCGGGCUUCCACCAGCACCUCAUGGCUGUGCGCGUCCGCGAAGAGAACAAUGGCAAGUUCAACCGCAGUUUUUACGAAGACGGCAAAUGGAAGGCGCUGUCGACGCUCCGAUUUAUCCGGAGCACGUCGAUCCGCAGCAUCUGCCGGGUCCAACUCAAAGACAGCGCCACCACGACCCAGCGCGCAAAACCAAUUGAACCAAACGCAACCGAUCACAAGCGCCAGGAGGUAAUCGAUCUCACGAGCGACAACGAUGACUGCGAGCCCAAGAAGCGUCGGCGAUUUACCAUAAUAUAA